GGCACAGUUCUAAUUAGAGUGUUGCUGUGUAAAGAGCUAUUAAGCUAUAAGCAAUAAGUUGUAACUCGAAGUGUAUAUCUUUAAAUUGGGACUUUAGUUUAACAAUCCAGUGAUCGAACUUAAGAGUGGGUUACAAGGUAGACGAUUCUCGAGAAAUCCGUUACAAUACGUUCUCUGAGAAAACCAUGUACUCGUAUACAAAUUGAGCAAUGGCAACAGUGAUAAUACUUGUAAAAGGCAAAAAAAUGUAUAUGGAGUUGACAGUACCAAUUGCAUACAUGGAUAAAUCUAUGAUUGCAUAUGCAGACGUACUGUUAGUGGGAAUCCACGAUAUUGUGGUGCUAUUUCAUAAAAUCGGAAAUUUAAUAUUAUUAGAACGUUGAUAUUAUUUUGUGGAAAAAUUAAAAUGGCAAUUAAGUUAACAGCGAACAUAAAUAAUCCUCCUAUAAGCGGUUUGGCAACUGCUCAUCUUAUAAGCGAGACUAUAGAAGUUGAAGUUGCAUGGGGUAAUGAAACUUCGCUCCAAUUUCCUGACAAGCGCCAGCUUCUUUGUCAUUCCAAUAAUGAUGUGUUGAGGGCGCUGGCACGUGUGGCUCCAGAGUAUAAGCUUUAUGGAGAAAAUGCUAUUGAACGUACCCAAAUAGAUCAUUGGUUGUCGUUUUCAUUAACAUGCGAAGAUGACAUAUUCUGGGCAUUGUCGUUUCUUGAUAAAUCAAUUGCCCCUGUAACCUAUCUAGUAGCGAACAAGCUAACUAUUGCUGAUUUUGCUCUUUUCAACGAGAUGCAUGCUCGUUAUGAGUUUCUUUCAACUAAAGGCAUACCACAACAUGUACAACGCUGGUACAACCUUAUAAAUUCGCAACCUCUUAUUCAAAAAGUUUUAGAGGCAUUGCCAGAAGAAGCCCUUGGUGCAGCCAAAAGAUCCAAAAGAAGUAAUGGUGUUAAACUAAGUGAAAGCGAAAGUUCACAUUUUUCUGGUAAAACAAAAGCAAGUGAACGUAAGCAGGAAGGAAAAUUUAUAGAUCUACCCGGUGCUGAAAUGGGUAAAGUUGUAGUACGAUUUCCUCCAGAAGCGUCUGGAUAUUUGCACAUUGGACAUGCUAAAGCUGCCCUAUUAAAUCAGUACUAUGCAUUAAACUUUAAUGGCAAACUAAUAAUGCGAUUCGACGACACUAAUCCAGCGAAAGAAACUGUUGAGUUUGAAGAAGUUAUUUUGGGCGAUGUCGAAUUGUUACAGAUUAAACCUGAUGUUUUUACCCACACAUCCAAUUACUUCGAAAUUAUGUUACAAUAUUGCGAACAAAUGAUUAAAGAUGGCAAGGCAUAUGUAGAUGACACUCCGGCGGACAAAAUGAAAGUUGAACGCGAACAACGUUUGGAAUCAGUAAACAGGUCAAAUGAUGUGGAAAGAAAUCUAUCAUUGUGGCUGGAAAUGGUGAACGGCACAGAUAUAGGCCAAAAAUGCUGCGUUCGGGCAAAAAUUGAUAUGUCUUCAGCAAAUGGCUGCAUGCGUGAUCCAACUAUAUACCGUUGCAAGAAUGAGCCUCACCCACGUACAGGCACAAAAUACAAGGUCUAUCCAACUUACGAUUUUGCUUGUCCGAUUGUUGAUUCAAUAGAAGGGGUUACGCACACGUUACGUACAAUGGAAUACCAUGAUCGUGAUGAUCAAUUCUAUUGGUUCAUUGAUGCGCUUAAGUUGCGAAAACCGUACAUAUGGGAAUACAGUCGGUUAAAUAUGACAAACACUGUGCUAUCUAAACGUAAGCUGACAUGGUUCGUUGAGUCUAGAUUAGUGGAUGGAUGGGAUGAUCCACGUUUUCCGACAGUUCGGGGAAUUAUUCGUCGAGGCAUGACUGUUGAGGGUUUACGCGAAUUUAUUAUAGCUCAAGGAUCAAGUAAAUCUGUAGUAUUUAUGAAUUGGGAUAAAAUUUGGGCAUUUAAUAAGAAAGUGAUCGAUCCAAUUGCACCUCGUUACACUGCACUCAACUACGAAAAUCGUGUUAUUGUAAAUGUUUUAGAUGCAAAGGUAGAAAAGAUUGAGGUACCUAAACAUCCAAAAAAUGAAAGUCUUGGAAUGAAAGAAAUAACCAUUGGCCCACGUGUAUAUAUUGAUUAUGAUGAUGCGAUUGCCCUAAAGGAGGGGGAAAAUGCCACCUUUAUAAAUUGGGGCAACUUGUUAAUAAAAAAAAUACAUAAAGAUAACAGCAGUAAAAUAUUGAAAAUAGAUGCGACUUUGAAUUUGGAUAAUAAGGACUUUAAAAAGACAUUAAAGCUUACUUGGCUUGCUGUGGAAAAUGAUAAUUCCAUUUAUCCGCCCACAUUCUGUGUCUACUUUGACAAUAUUAUAAGUAAAGCAGUAUUGGGGAAAGAUGAAGACAUUAAACAAUACAUUGGUCACAAAACUAGGGAGGAAAUAAAAAUGCUUGGUGAUCCCGAACUAAUGAAAUGCAAGAAAGGAGACAUAAUCCAGCUUCAACGUCGAGGUUUCUUUAAAGUUGAUGUUGCUUAUGCGCCAGCCAGUCCAUUCUCGAAUGUUGUAACGCCGGUCAUUCUGUUCUCAAUACCUGAUGGCCACACUAAAGAUAUGCCUUCGUCAGGUUUGAAAAUAAACGCCAAUUUACAUGAUGCGAAAAAUAUCAUUGAAUCAUCACCGAUUCCUAAUUCUAACGCAUCCGUCCUGAAUAAAAAUAUCUCUGAACAAGGUAAUAUUAUACGUGAUCUUAAAGCAAAAAAAUCUACAAAGGAUAAAGUCGAUUUAGAGGUUAAGAAGCUGUUAGAACUGAAAGCUCAAUUUAAAACGUUAACUGGUCAAGACUGGAAACCUGGUACAGAAGUAGUUGAUGUGACUGCACAAUCGGACGCUAAAACCGCUGUUGAACAAGUACUCAAUAAAAUUGCUGAUCAAGGCGACAAAGUCCGUCAGCUAAAAUCGCAAAAAGCCAAUAAAACGGUUAUAGAAACAGAAGUUAAAGUACUGAUUUCUCUCAAAGCAGAUUAUAAGAAACUUACAGGAAGUGAUUGGAAGCCAGUAACUGUAAAACCAGUGGUUUUUAAGAAGGAGAAGUUUCCAGAGCAACCAUCAGCUAAUACCGUUGCAGAUUUACUUGCAAAAAUAUCUAAACAGGGAGACAAAGUUCGCUCACUUAAAAAUGCUAAUGGAGAAAAAAACAUUAUAGAUACUGAAGUUAAAUUGUUGUUGGCACUAAAAACGGACUACAAAAGUCUCACUGGACAAGACUGGAAACCGGCAACAACAGUUCCGUCAUCUAAAACGGUUCCAGAAUCUAAAAUUGAUUUGACCGACGACGACAGUCGAGACCUCAGUGCACUCCUUACACGAAUAAAGUUCCAGGGUGACAAAAUUCGAAUAUUGAAAUCGGAAAAAGCCCCCAAGACUACAAUUGACCUUGAAGUGCAAUCCUUGUUGAGUUUAAAAGCUGGUUACAAACAAAGAACCGGCACAGAGUGGACACCCAACAUUAAGAUGGAACCAAAAGAAGUUAUUCCCAUUGAGCACAUAUCGGUUAAAAUGUCUACUUCUCCAGAAAAAGAAUUGUUAAUCAAAGAAAUCAAUGUUCAAGGUGAUAAAGUUCGUACUGCCAAGUCGACUAAUUUACCAAAAGAAAAUAUUGAUGCUGAAGUGAAAAAGUUGUUGGCACUCAAGACGAAAUACAAAGAAAUUACUGGAACUGAUUUUCCAAACAUCGGCGCACGUGGGGGUAAUGGCUCAAAAAAAGGAAGUGAAAAGAAUAAUUUAACUCAUAACAAGGAAACGACACAACUUAAAGCAGACGUUAAUGCCCUGGCGAGUGGACUUAAAAAGCAGACACGACUUGGGCUUGAAGCUACAAAAGAGGAAAAUCUUCCUGAAUGGUAUUCGCAGGUUAUUACUAAAGGGGAACUAAUUGAAUAUUAUGAUGUGUCUGGUUGUUAUAUAUUGCGCCACUGGUCAUUUGCAAUUUGGAAAUUUAUUAAAACUUGGUUCGAUGCCGAAAUAACCAAAAUGGGCGUUAAGGAGUGCUACUUUCCCAUAUUCGUUUCACGUGCUGCUCUUGAAAGGGAAAAGACUCAUAUUGCGGAUUUCGCACCAGAAGUUGCAUGGGUGACGAAAUCAGGAAGCUCUGACUUGGCUGAGCCAAUUGCUGUGCGACCUACCUCCGAAACGGUUAUGUACCCGGCAUAUGCAAAGUGGAUUCAGUCCUAUCGUGAUUUACCCAUGCGUUUAAACCAAUGGAACAACGUUGUUAGAUGGGAAUUCAAGCAUCCUCAGCCAUUCCUGCGAACUCGUGAAUUUCUCUGGCAAGAAGGUCAUACUGCGUUUGCCACAAAAGCAGAAGCCGAUCAAGAAGUAUUGGAUAUUUUAGAUUGUUAUGCGCAUAUCUACACGAAUCUUCUUGCUAUACCUGUAGUGAAGGGUCGUAAAACAGAAAAGGAGAAAUUCGCUGGAGCUGAUUAUACCACUACUGUAGAAGCUUUUAUUUCCGCAUCGGGUCGCGCUAUUCAAGGCGCUACCAGUCAUCAUUUAGGUCAAAAUUUCUCGAAAAUGUUCGAGAUCAUGUUUGAAGAUCCCGAGACGCAACAAAAACAAUUUGUAUUCCAGAAUUCUUGGGGACUAACUACUCGUACGAUUGGUGUCAUGAUUAUGGUGCAUGCAGACAAUCAGGGGCUGGUGUUGCCGCCACGUGUUGCUUGUAUACAAGCUAUUAUUGUACCUUGUGGCAUAACGGUUAAUACGAAACCCAAUGAACGUGAACGGCUUUUACAAGCUUGUAAAAAGCUUGAAGGACAGUUGAACGUAAAGGGUGUUCGUUGUGAAGGUGAUUAUCGUGACAAUUACUCACCAGGUUGGAAGUUUAAUCAUUGGGAGUUGAAGGGUGUUCCACUUCGUAUUGAACUUGGUCCAAAAGAUAUGAAGAAUAAUCAAAUUGUUGCGGUACGCCGGGAUACGGGUGAAAAACUUAUUUUGGCUUUAGAAGACGUCGAGUCAAAAAUUAGCCAAUUGUUGGAAACAAUACAUGAUAGUAUGUUAGCAAAAGCGAAAAAAGAGUUGGUUAAUCAUACAAAACUUACAAAGAAUUGGACGGACUUCUGCAAAUUUUUGGAUGCUAAGAAUAUUCUACUUUCCCCAUUUUGUGGUGAAAUCAGCUGUGAAGAAAAAAUUAAAGGGGAUAGUGCAAGAGACGAGGAGGCAGAACCUGGAGCUCCUGCUAUGGGCGCUAAAUCACUUUGCAUACCAUUUGAUCAACCUGCUGCGAUUACUGUUAGCGAUAAAUGUAUUCACCCAAGUUGCGUAAAUAAACCCCAAUUUUAUACGUUAUUUGGACGCAGUUAUUAAUUUAACAUUAAAUGGCGGACGAAAAUAUCUCAAAAAAAAAAA